GUGGCUACCCUGAACUCCUCGGACCUGGCGUUGCCCGAAACGAUCAGCACCUGCCGCUUUGCGCAGCGCGUGGCCAACGUGCAGACCUUUGCACGAGUGAAUGAGCAGCAAGACCCCCAGCUCGUGAUCGCCAGCCUUCGGCAGGAGAAUGCACAGCUGAAAGCCGCCAUCGGUGGGCAGGGGGGCGAGGCCCUUUCGGAAGAAGAGCUGCGGAAGCAUUGCCAGAGCUUCUUGGAGGACGAGUCGUCGACCUCCUCCCCAUCCAUUUUCUCAGUUGCUUCUCUGAUGGAGGCCUUCGCGGCGUUCCGGAUGCUUCGCGAGUUGUGUUGGGAGAUGCUGCGCAGGCGCUUGGUUUCUAGAGCUACUUGGCAACGGCAGCCGGAAAAGGCGAAGCGGAGACAGGAGCGCCAGACGAGAAUGGAUUCUCCGAGCUCAAAGAGGCGCUGGCGGAUCGCGAGGCAGAAUGCCGCACCUUGCGCGCGGCGUUGGCAGCGCAGCCAGAGCGGCCGCCGCGGAGCAACCUGCGGGUCGGCGCUACGAAGGCCUCCAAGCCCGUCCAAUCGUACGUGUCCUGCGGCGUGCAAACGGCUGAGUUGA